AGAAGGUGGAGUUGAGUAGCUCUUCCAGCCUGCGGGGAACGUCGUUCUCUCGGUAGUACUCCAUCGCCUGCUGCUUCAGCUUCUGCCGCUCCCUAGUGGUCCCUGUUCUGCGGCCGCCGCCUUCUUCCCCCAUGAUGGAGAGUGUUGGCGUGUACGGAUUCUGUGGGUGUAAAGCAAAGAACAAAAUGAAGCGUGAUUCAAAGUGGGAAAUAAGCGCUUCAGAAACAGCUCCCACAUCUGCAUAUUCAUCUCCAGCGCGGAGUCUUGGGGACACAGGAAUAACGCCUCUGUCCCCUUCCCACAUUGUGAAUGACGCUGACCCUGAUGUCUCGGAACAGCAGUCAUUUCUUGUGGUGGUGGCCAUUGACUUCGGAACCACGUCUAGUGGCUAUGCCUACAGCUUCACCAAGGAGCCAGAAUGUAUCCAUGUGAUGAGGCGAUGGGAGGGAGGCGACCCUGGCGUGUCCAACCAGAAGACUCCGACCACCAUCUUGCUGACUCCCGAGAGGAAGUUCCACAGCUUCGGGUAUGCCGCCAGGGACUUUUACCAUGACCUGGAUCCCAACGAGGCCAAGCAGUGGCUGUAUCUGGAGAAGUUCAAGAUGAAGCUGCACACCACCGGGGACCUCACCAUGGAUACAGACCUGACAGCAGCGAACGGCAAGAAAGUCAAAGCCCUUGAAAUCUUUGCUUAUGCCCUGCAGUACUUUAAGGAGCAGGCACUGAAGGAGCUGAGUGACCAGGCAGGUUCAGAGUUCGAAAACUCAGAUGUCAGAUGGGUCAUCACGGUGCCCGCCAUCUGGAAGCAGCCGGCCAAGCAGUUCAUGAGACAAGCUGCCUACCAGGCAGGCCUGGCCUCCCCGGAGAACUCGGAGCAGCUCAUCAUUGCCCUGGAGCCCGAGGCGGCCUCCAUCUACUGCCGGAAGCUGCGGCUGCACCAGAUGAUCGAGCUGAGCGGCAAGGCGGCCGUCAAUGGGUACAGCGGCAGGGACACAGUAGGAGCUGGGUUUGCACAGGCUAAGGAACACACACGGCGAAACCGGCAGAGUCGGACCUUUUUGGUGGAGAAUGUCAUAGGAGAAAUCUGGUCCGAGCUGGAGGAAGGUGACAAGUAUGUGGUUGUGGACAGUGGCGGUGGCACCGUAGACUUGACAGUCCAUCAGAUACGGUUACCGGAAGGACAUCUUAAGGAACUGUAUAAAGCAACAGGUGGACCCUAUGGAUCCUUAGGAGUAGAUUAUGAAUUUGAAAAACUUCUGUGUAAAAUAUUUGGAGAAGAUUUUAUUGAACAGUUCAAGAUCAAGCGGCCCGCAGCCUGGGUUGACCUGAUGAUUGCAUUUGAGUCUCGAAAAAGAGCAGCUGCUCCAGAUCGAACUAACCCGCUGAACAUCACCCUGCCCUUUUCAUUCAUUGACUACUACAAGAAGUUCCGCGGGCACAGCGUGGAGCACGCCCUGAGGAAAAGCAAUGUGGAUUUUGUGAAGUGGUCCUCACAGGGAAUGCUGAGGAUGAGUCCAGAUGCCAUGAACGCCCUUUUUAAGCCGACCAUCGACAGCAUCAUUGAGCAUCUCCGGGACCUGUUUCAGAAGCCCGAGGUGUCUACCGUCAAGUUCCUCUUCCUCGUCGGCGGCUUCGCUGAGGCGCCCCUCCUGCAGCAGGCUGUGCAGGCUGCCUUCGGGGACAAGUGCCGGAUCAUCAUCCCCCAGGAUGUGGGCCUCACCAUCCUCAAGGGCGCCGUCCUCUUCGGCCUGGACCCCGCCGUCAUCAAGGUGCGCCGGUCCCCACUCACCUAUGGGGUGGGCGUGCUGAACCGCUAUGUAGAGGGCAAACACCCGCCCGAGAAGCUGCUGGUGAAGGAUGGCACUCGCUGGUGCACCGACGUCUUUGACAAGUUCAUCUCUGCUGAUCAGUCAGUGGCCCUGGGGGAGCUGGUCAAGCGUAGCUAUACCCCGGCUAAGCCCUCACAGUUGGUCAUUGUCAUCAACAUCUAUAGCUCUGAGCAUGACAACGUCAGCUUCAUCACUGACCCCGGAGUGAAGAAGUGUGGCACGCUCCGCCUGGAUCUCACAGGGACCAGUGGCACGGGGGUGCCCGCCCGGAGGGAGAUCCAGACCCUUAUGCAGUUCGGGGACACUGAGAUCAAGGCCACGGCCAUCGAUAUAGCCACCUCCAAGAGUGUCAAAGUUGGAAUCGACUUCUUAAAUUACUAACUGCCACUUUCCACCACCUGCCCCCUCGGACUGGACUUAUCUGCAUCUGCUGACCUCAACCUUGACUGUUAUUUCCCUGACCUUGACCCUGGCCAUUGCCCACCUGAAUUUUAGCAGAGAAGAUGAGAUCAAGGCUAGAAACAAUUAGGGAUUUUUGAGGGCAUGCCGGGGUCACAAAAACUGCCAGAAAUCAGGACUAAAGUUUGGACAUAGGAAAUUAAAGGAUCCUAGAAGAGCAGUUAGUUUUCAUAGGCACGGCAUGGUGACACAGCCACCAGCGAGGGAAUCACUACAUUUCUGCAGCAGCGUCUGAGCUUGCUCUGAAUAAAUACCUGUUCACCAGGAUUUAGGAAGCCCUCUUGCUGUCUUCAUAGAAUCAAAGUGAGAUCUUUGAGUCAGGAGGAGAUCGUCAUCUGAGACUUUUAAAAUUUUUUGGAUGGCAAUCAGUAUAAAAUGCCACCCAUCUGCAGUUAAUUUCUUUUCACCAUCAUGUGAUUGUAAGUGGUGAUUCGGUGGAAUGCUUUUAGCUGGUGGUAGAAGACUGCCUACGCUGGGCACUGUUUUAGGUUUUCUUGUAACUUAAAAUAAUGAGGAAGUUCGGGGGAGAUAACCGUAGCCUUGGCUAAUCACCUCAGAUUUCCACGAGUGGUAGUACUGAUGCCUCACCUUUUCAGCAAGUAAAAGUUCUGACGGAAACGGAUAUUAAAGAGUUAAUGACAGAUCCCAAAUUGUAUGCCGUCAUACAGUUCCCAGAAUGCCAAGUUCUGGUUUCUGAGUUCAUAAGUAAUUUUAGUAAAUCUUAGUAGAAAUUGUGAGAAAAUGAGAUUGGCAUUUCCCGUGUUCACAGAAGGCCAGGACAGUGUCCCGCCUGCAAAAGCUUUUAAAUUACCCCCUCCUUUCCACCCUCCUUAGUCUCCCUAAGAGUUCUGGCCAUUUAUUCCCACAUUUUGAAAGCAAUACUUGGUGAAAUAUGAGCAGAGAAUCUGUUCUAUGAAAUGUUCCAUUAAUAUCUUCAGUUUUUAUAGCCUGUCUAAAAAUAAUUUGUAGAUCUGUACUUGAUGAGUUAGAUGAAUUAAGCCAGUUUUUUUUGUUGUUGUUUUUUUUUCCCCAAAGCAGGUUUGUGCUCACCUGCAUCAGAAUUACCUCAGUGCUUGGGUUCUUGGAUCGGUCCCUUUUUAACUGCAGUCAACUUUUGGAGAGGGGACAAGGAUCUGCAUGGUCAGUGUUUACCACAGGUGAUUGUGGUUCAGCUGAAAUCUGGUUAAAUGCUAACUUCAGGUUUUGUCAAAGCUGAGGCACAGACCACAGCCUUCCCCCUCUGGUCUUCUCCUUAGGGUUCUCUUAGGUCCUAAGAGCGGUUCUCAACCUGUGGGUCGCGACCCCUUUGUAACAAUUAAAAUACAUCCCGCAUAUCAGAUAUUUACAUUACAAUUCAUAACAGUAGCAAAAUUACAGUUAUGAAGUAGCAAUGAAAAUAAUUUUAUGGUUGGGGUCACCACAACAUGAGGAACUGUAUUAAAGGGUCGCGGCAUUAGGAGGCUUUAGGAAGGUUGAGAACCACUGUGUUAGGAAGAGGGUUUACUUGUGAAGGUGAGCCUACACCUUGUCCUCUGGGUGAGUGGGGCUGAGGCUCCACUUGGCUUGGGGAUGGCACUUUCAGUCCUCAUAGGAAGGGUGUGGGAGGAUGAAAACAGUGAGAAAGAAGCCCUAAGAACGGGGCUGACUGAGGAGCCAGCCAGAGGGUCUGUGUUCUCUCCCUGCUGUAGGAAGCCAGUUUUCUCCCACACUUAGGAGCCAACUGAGGAAAAAGAAUCAAGAAUCUGACUCAGAGCCCAUCGGAUCUGUUCAAAGCUGUCUUUUCCACCUGCUAGAAUUCAUUCCCAUUUUAAAUCACCGGAGGCAUGCAUAAUGAAUGACUAGAGAAUGAGGGAAUCAGCUUCGAAUGCAAAUUGGAUUCACAAACCCAUUAUCUUGGCAGAUAUGCAGAUUUUAAAUAACUUUUUCAAUUUCAUUUUCACAUCUUCACAUUGCCUGCUGCAGAAUUCCUCACUAGAAUGUAAAACAUGAGCAAAUCACAGAAUGGGAGAGUGCUGGUCGCAUACCUUGGUGGCAGGACUUGGUGAAGGUGUGUUUGCUAGUGUCUCCUGCUGCCUGCUCGGCUCCAGAAGCUCAAUGUUCUGGGUCUUUCUUUGGUGUUGCCAGCCAUACUCUACAAAUAAGACUUUUCAACGUUGUUAUGAGUAAUAUAAUUUUAUGUAUAUAUAACAUUAGACUGUUGUACAGAAUCUUGAUUUCUACAAUAUGCUUUUCUUGUUUAAAAAGAAGAAAAUGCUCUUUGAUUGCUGUCCUUCAUUUUCCACAGUUUCAUUUUUCAGUCAUGCUCACUCAUUAUCAUUUCAUGCUGAUACCAAGCCAUGGACUAUGUUUGCAAGACGGAGCUGUAGACAGAGGUGCCUGAGGUCAGAACACACAGACCGCCCAGAUCAACGGCUUCAUUAGACCCUUCUACACAUGCUCCCUUCCCAGAGUCACAGAUUAUACUUACCAGAGCAUAUUGUAUCCAUUCUCCUGUAUAGACUUUGAGAGUUGAACAUUCUGGUUCUGUAAGCCAUAUGACUGUGCAGAACAACAUAAGAAAACCCGGCAUCCUGAGAUGUCACCAACCUCUCCUUCUGGGGCAGUCACUGUGAGGGCAAAGCGUGCUCCUCCGUGGGUGAUGUUUUUAGUAUGCCAGAAAGGAACCAAGUGGUACACAGACCCAGCUUUUCUCCUGAGUUAAAUGUGAGUAAUAUAGUUGAGUUCCCCUUUUCUUGGCUAACAUAAAACCUUUCCCACCCUGAAUUAAGGAUGUCUCCUUGUCUGUUCCUCUUAAAUGAGCUGAUAGAAAUCUGCAGUGUUGGCAAAUAGAUGGUGGAGGGUAAUAAGUUUACUAGACUUUCUUCUGGCCACGGAUAUGCAGGCCUAGGAGUCAAACUCCUUAAAUGAAACCCCUAAAUAAUCCCUCCUUCUCCCCACCCCCCACUGAAGUAUUCUAGAAUAAAAGCACUGGAUAAGUAUACUUGAAUACAUUUUCUCAUCUUAGAAAGUUUCUCCAAGGCCUGUUGUUUUGACCCACUACUCAUUUGUCCUUGGCAUAUUAUCUGAGAGUCACGUUUCUUGGAAGCGGAACUGUCAGGAAUUUCCUUUGUAACUGCCUUUUCUGUACACAGCAAGCAUUAAUCAAUGCUGAAUAACAGACAAGUUCUAGACAGGAUGGGGGGCGGGGAGGGAGCUGAAGGAGUGUUUUUGAAAGUGACAGCUGAGAUAAGUCCAGAUGACAAAGGCUGCCCUACCUUUAGGAUGUUAUUUAGACCAAGUUUAGCUUUUAGAGACCAGGUCUGGUGAACUGCCAGGGUAGCAAAGAAUCGCAUGCACCAAUAUAUGCAAGUCAAAAUGCAUUAUUAGUUGAAGGUCGAAUUUCACAUAGUAGAGAUGUAAUAGCUGUGUAAGCUGCAUAUGUAUGCUGGGAAAUGGCUUAAGUGGGUGACUAGCAUAAAAGUUGUUGGCCAUAACGUCACACCUCGCAUCUGCUUGAAUUCUAAAAUAUCAGCUACUGGGGUCUGUUCACUACAAGACAAAUUCAAAGUUCACAGAACUUUGCAGCAGUUCAAACUUCACAGGAUCGUAUCUGCAAACUCUCUUGUCUUCACAGAUGUCUAAUAAAGCAAAACUCUGGAUCUCA